AAAACUGAAGAUGGCCAGCUUUUGCUCCGACUUGGUUUUGCACCAAAGAGUCUUCCAGAUGGCCAUCAUUGUGGGUUUGAGUGGGUCCUUCUUGUACGGAUUCCACGUUUCCGUGAUCAGCUUUGCCUCCCCAUUCAUCAAGAAGUUCAUCAAUGAAACUUGGCUGGAGAGAUACAACGCACCCAUCGACGACCAGAACCUCACCAUCCUGUGGUCCACCAUCGUUUCCAUCUUCUGCAUUGGAGGAGUGACGGGGUCCGUCCUUUCAGGAUAUCUGUCUUCAAAAUACGGGAAGCGGAACUGUCUCGGGUUAGUUAACCUGGCCCUCUUGGCAGCUACGCUGAUUACGGGCACCAGCAAACUGGCGAGUUCUUUUGAGAUGAUUCUGUUUGGGCGGUUCUUGUACGGUUUUGGCGGAGGGUUGGGCACCUGUAUCCAAGGUCAGUACCUGGGAGAAAUGUCCCCUAAGAAGUUCCGUGGACUGACGAAUGCGACGAGUGGUCUUCUUGCAAACUUGGGGAAGUUCCUAGGGCAACUGGCCGGCCUACGCGAACUCUUAGGGACAGAGUCGCUGUGGCCGCUUCUCCUGGCCAGUGCCGGAAUCGUAGCGCUGGUGCCGCUGGUUGCUAUUCCCUUCUUCCCCGAGACGCCGCCCUACCUUUUGAUCCAGAAAGGAGAUCUGGAAGGAUGCUUGAAAUCUAUGAAUCGGCUCUGGGGCCGAGGGAACCACAAAGCGGAAGUGGACGAGUUGUUGAAGGAGAAAGCGGCCAUGAAGGAAGUCAAAAUUAUGAACGUCUGGGAGCUCUUCAGGGACCCCACCCUCCGAUGUCAGGUAUGCUUAAUGGUGAUCCUAACAGUUACGGUGCCGCUGGCCGGUGUCAGCGCCAUCUAUUUCUACUCUUUCGACGUGUUCCAUACAGCUGGGAUUGACCAAGACGUCAUGCCCUAUGUAAUUCUCGGAAUGGGAGCUUGUGACCUCAGCUCCAUCCUUGUCUGCUUCUUUCUUAUCGAACGUUUCGGUAGGAGGAAGCUGCUCCUCUGGGGUUAUGGUUUGAUGGUGCUGCUUAUGGCGCUGCUCACGGCUAGUUUCUCACUGCAAGAUCACUUCUUCUGGUUACCGUACUGCAACGUGGCGAUCAUCUUUCUAGUCAUCGUUUGCUUUGCGGUAGGGCCGGCGGGGGUCACGUUGCCUGUCAUAGCAGAACUCUUUACGCAGUCCUCUAGGCCGGCUGCGUUAAUAGUGGUCUCAGUUCUCCUCUGGGCAGGACAGUAUUUAGUCGGGAUAGCAUUUCCAUACGUCAUCCACUACCUGGGUACCUUCUGCUUCUUAGUUUUUAUGGGCGUCACUGUAGUCUCGUGGGUCGUCUUCUUCCGGUUCCUCCCAGAGACAAAAGGCAAAACGCUCAUGGACAUCAAGAGUGAAUUCAACCGCUUCAAAAAAAGCAAGGGCACCACAGACAAUCCUACACCUGAAGAACUUUCCAGGUGCACAAGAGUCUGAAAGACCUGGAAGGAAUUUGUUAUAGGACUGGGGCAGAUAAUCAGCCUUUGAGGGAGA